AUGGGCGUCACCACUGUAAUGGAAAUAUAUGGGGUAAGUAGGGAAUAUGGCUCCCCUCUAAGAGUUGUCGACUUUGUGUUAAAUUCAUCAUCGCUUCUAUACAACCUCCGAACUUCCUCUCAAUCUCUCGAGACCUCUUCCUCCAAAUUCCACUUCAACAAUACCUCUACCCUGGAUACCUAUCCACUUCCAUUAUACUUGCCUCCUACAGCACCAACCAAUUCACCGGAAAUCAUGACCCUCCACAACAGUAAAAUCCGCCACCUCUUCCCAACUCUCCCUCCCGAGAUCCGCAACGAGAUUUACGCCUACGCCUCCUCAUCAUCCCAGAACCCCGCCACAAUCAACGGCCUCCCAUUCGCCACUAAGACCUACAACUACAGCCAGACAAGCGUCGUCAUCUGUCCGAUUCACACAGGAAACCCGUCCCUGCUCGCGCUCCAAAGAUACGGAUUCCUAGAAGCAAAAGAGUACUACAGCUGGCUAAUGGUUCACGCCAUCCAAAUCCGAAUCUCUGUCGUCUUCAAAGGGCAUGUGGGGUGGUUCUCCCAGAAACACUGGGAAGAGAAGAUGACGGCUUCCCUGCAGAAGCUGGUGAAGAAGUACCCCUGGAUAGGCACAGCUGCGCAGCGGGACGUCAGAGUACUCUGGGACGCAAAAAUGGAAUCUAUGGCGGCCAAGCCGGGGAGAGCAGCGGAGAUUGUGAACGCGAUGGUGAAGACGCUGGUUGGAUUUCAGGAUCCUAGGGUGAGGGCUAGGGAUGGGGUUGUGAGCGUGCGGUUCCACAUUCCGCAUUCGUUUGCUGCUGCGAAGGUGCUGCAUGGGUGGCAGUUCGGGCUGGAGACGUUUCUGGGAGCGAGAGCAGCACCAGAGGCAAGAGUGGAGCGGCGGGAGGUAACGUUAGGGGACGUAGUUAAGAGAGGACCGGCUAAGGUCACGGAGCGAUUCUUAGCGGUGCCAGGACGUGUUGAAGAGAAGGAAGUGAUUGUGGUGCAGAAUGGGAGGGUGGAGUGGACGUCAGGAACGGAAGGACUUCUGGUCAUGAGGAGAAUUGUCCAGGAGGGAAGGUCUUGGCAAGAAAUGGUGGCUGUUGACGAGAAGGGGCCUGACUGUUGGCGAUUAUGUCCGUUGCGAGCAGAGUGUGGUGACGCUGAGGGCACCAGAGGAGUCUAG